AUGGGCACGUCAUCGCGACAUUCUAAGAAACGUCGUGGAGAUAAUGAGGAUUCUGAUGAUGAGCGACGAAAGAGGGAGCGAAAUCGUUCCAGCUCCAGGUCAAGAUCCUCAUCACCGAAGCCUAAAAAUGCAGAGUCGCUUUCCAUCGAGGAAACGAACAAGCUCCGAGCAAAACUAGGAUUGGCUCCGCUGGAAAUGAAUGAUGGUCCAAAGGCGCGAGAAUCUGAAGAUGGCACAACAGUUCAUGUCGAAGAUGGUUUCGAGUUCCGGCAUAAGAAGCCAGAAAAUUGGAGCGAUAAGAAAAAGGAACAAGAAAUGAAAGAAAAGAUUGAAAUUGCGAAAAAGAAGCGCCAGGUUUAUGAGCGAGUGUUGAUUGCUAAAAGUGUUGCGGAAUCCGAUUCCGAUGAUGAUGCUGCGGAUUGGGUGGAAAAAAUGAGGAAGCAAGAAGAAGAAAAAAAGCGGGCUGACGAAAGAGCCAAAAUGCUUGAUGCCAUGGAUGAGGAAUUUGGAGUUAACAGCAUCAUUGCUGAGGAAAAGGCAAAACAGGCCAAGAAGAAGGAAAAAAUAAAGAAUCUAUACACUGGCGGUCUCGUGGUAGGGCAUUCGAAGGAAGCGUUCACCGGCGUUACGGACCAGAUUCUUGUUCUCGACGACAAAAGUGUUCUGGACGAUGGUGAGGAGGUUCUCAUCAAUCCAAACCUGAUCGAUAAUGAAAAAUAUGCUCGAAAUAGAGAGCUUAAAAGGCGUAAGGAGUUACAAAAAGGGUUCGAUGACGUGGACGAAUUCGGAAAUAAAAAAUCUUACGGAGUUCUCACGAAAUAUGACGAAGAGCUCGAAGGAGUCCAAAGGGAGCAAUUCCGUCUAGAUGAAGGUGGUGGUUACGACCUUGAAAAGGAUGAGAGGUUGGCAUUCCGGCUGGCAGGUAAAACUCUGGUUAGUAUGGAAAUGCAAAAAUAUCAAAUAGGGAGCGAGUUCUAUACAAAAGAAGAAAUGACCAGUUUCCGCAAAGUCAAAAAGGGGAAGAAAGAGAAAUCUACUCGCAAAAGGAAAAUUUUAAAAGCCGAAGACCUGAUUCCGGAUGAACCUGCGGGCGGAUCUGAUUUGGGUUCCAGGUUCAAAAAUGGUAAUGAAGAACCUAACGCCGCUGAGCCAUCUGGACCGUGGAAACGUGCGACAAAAAAUGCGGUUGAUAUAAACAUGCUGAAAGGACUAGUGGACAAAGAUAGCAGCGACAUCGAGGAUAGUGACGAAGAAUUGGGUGGAGCGGUAGACUUGAGUGCGGUCGUUGUUGAUGAUGAUGCUGAAGAAGAACUGGCGAUGGUGAUGGAUAAGGCUCGUCGUCUUAGGCAGGUUGUUGUGAAGAAAGAAAACGACGAUGUGGCGCAAAAGGUCCGAGCAGUUCUCAUGGUUUCAUCACACAACAUCAAGAUGGAAGUCGAUGAUGAUGGUGAUGUCGUACAAAAUAGCGCUUUGAAAGAGGAAGUGGUAACCUUGGAUUCAACAAUGGAAUACUGUAGAAAUAUUGGAGAGAUACCCACAUAUGGUUUGGCCGGUAAUCGGACCGACGCUAUAGAUGUCUCUGAAAUGAAGCAAGAAGAUGGAGAAGACGACACAGCAGAAAUAAGGAAGUGGAAGCAGGCACAAGCAGAGAAGGAGCUACGUCGUAAAGAGCGGCUCCUACAGAAAGACAGCAAGGGUAGAAGGAUUAAUAAACCCAGCACCAGUAGCGCUGCUAUUGACAGUGACGACGAGCAACGUUUGAGGGAGGCAGAAGAUGCUGCUUAUUCUGAUGAUGAGUAUUCCGACGCUGGUGGAGUCAAAAAGGAGUACGAAAACGUGCUUGGAAAGGAAGCUGACGUAUCCAAAGGUGUAGGCGCGAUGUUGAAGUUGGCUGCACAAAAGGGUUAUCUGAAUGAUCCAGAAACAAAGAAGAAAACAGGUCAAAAUCUGGAUCAUCUGCGCAACCAGUCCAAAACUCAAAUUGAACAAGGAAAAUAUGACAUUGAAGAUAAAUACGCCAAAAAAUUAGAUCGUCUCGGUACCACUGGUCGUGGCCCUAUAAUGCCCUUCAUUGAAAAGAAGGAUUACCGUCCAGAGGUGAACAUUCAUUACGUCGAUGAGAAGGGUCGCGUCAUGGAUCAAAAGGAUGCUUACCGGGAACUCUCUUACAAGUUCCAUGGACGCAAUCCCGGAAAGAAACAAACGGAGAAACGAAUAUCUAGACGAGAUAAGAAAGAAAUGUUGAAGCAGAUGAACAGUUCCGAUACUCCUCUUGGUACGCUUUCAAAACAGUUGAGAAAACAGGAGCAGCUGCAGACACCAUACCUCGUGCUCAGUGGAUCAGGACGAAGUGACCAGUAUGUUUUUUCGUUCCUGUAG